AGAAAAGAAACCCUACUUCCUUUAUCUCUUUUCUAUCUUCUUUCUUUCUUUCUCUCAUUUCUGAGCAAGUCUCUCCCAUUGAUGUGAUUCUCCACCAUCAACAAACUUUUGCUCAAAAGAGAAAGCUCUUCACAAGAAUUAUAACAAUACUAUGGUUUUUCCUUCUCUCCCUUCUUAUUUGGAUCCUCCUAACUGGCAACCAUUGACUAAUCACCAGACGGGAGGAAAUGAUACUGCAGAGGAUUCUGGUCAGGUUUUACUACCUCCGCCACCUGGUGGUGGGGGAGGAGGUGAUGGUGGUGGUGUUGGAGGUGGUACUGGGUCGAUUAGGCCGGUUUCAAUGACCGAUCGAGCUCGUUUGGCGAAGAUUCCGCAUCCAGAGGCUGGCUUGAAAUGCCCUAGAUGUGAAUCUACAAAUACCAAAUUUUGUUACUUCAAUAACUAUAAUCUUUCUCAGCCUCGCCACUUUUGUAAGACUUGUCGACGGUAUUGGACACGUGGUGGUGCACUGAGGAAUGUUCCGGUGGGCGGUGGCUGUCGGAGGAACAAGAGGACCAAAUCCCGGAAUCGGUCGAAGUCUCCGGCGGCCGGUGAACGUCAAUUAUUAGGUGGAUCAACUAAUUCUACUGCUGGGGUUUCACUUUCAACCCAACCCCAUUUGCCCUUUUUGUCUUCUUUACAUAAUUUCUCUAAUUACGGCCUCAAUUUGGGGAUAAUUCCGCCGCAAACUCCGCCAACAAGCGGUGGCUCCACCACCGGAGGAUUGGAUGUUCAUGAAUUUCAAGGUGACCAUUGGAGAUUACAACAAGUACCACAACAAUUCCCUCUCUUGGCUAAUGAUCAACAACCUAAUUUGCUUUACACAUUCGAGCCACCCGAAGGCGCCAUGGCUCGGUAUAAUCUCGGCGGGUUCUCGAGAUUAGGGAUUGAAAACGACAUUGGAAUGACGAUGGAGGCCGGGGCAAUGAAGGUUGAGGAGAGUAAAGGGAUGAACUUGGGGAAGAAUUUUCAGUUUUGGGUCGGUGGCGGUGGUGGAAGCGACGUUAAUGCAUGGAGUGGCAGCAGUGGCGGCGGCGAUCUUCAUGGCUUCUCCUCAUCCUCCGCCAGCCACUUAUUGAGAUAGUAAUUUUUCUCAAUCCUUUUGAACUUCUCUUUUUGUUAUUAAAAUGUUCACUAGGAAAAAGAAAAAAAAAAAAAAGAAAGAAAGAAUUGAAACCAAUCAUAUCAUAUUAAAGGUUUUCAAUGCUGAACUGUGACUAAAAGAGAGCAAAGAAAGUGAUGAUCAAAAUAGAAAAAAAAAUGAUGGACCUGUCUAGGGUUUCAGGCUUUAUCUAAGGGUUUUUUUCUUUUUUUUUUUUUCUUUUUAAUUUUAAUUUUAGAAUUUUGGAUGGUGCAUGGUUGAUUAAUCACUAUAGGGUUUCUCUUAUAUAUGUAUAUCAUUGGGAAGGUAGUCUUUUGUAAGUUUAGGGGGUGACAAUAUAUAUAUAUAUUUACAAAGAUGACCUAUAUAUAUAAAUUAUUAUGUUUAAUGUUAUAA